AUGUCUGAAAAUCAUUGGGUAAAUUUUGUUUAGUUGCUUAACUAUAUUUGACAAUGAAUCAAGUUGCUCAUUUGCUGUUUGGUUAUUGUUCGUUAUUUAUUAUUUGAUUUUCUCUCUUUUUUGAUAGAAAACUCCCAAAGAUAUAGAAGGUGAACUUCAAUGGAAACAUGGUUUGAGCUGGCGAGAUGUUUAUUUUCAGGUACAGUUGUAAUAAUUGGUUGUAGCACCUAUCUCUAAAUUAACCAACCUUUGGACUAGAGUGUCAUAGUCCCUUCGAGUUGUUUCCUAUAAAUAUUGACUUAUUUAAUAAAGGGGAAGUCAAGUCCGUAAUGUAAACAAACGGUUUGUUUACAUUUUGAACUGCUGUAUUUUUUAAAAUAUGAUGUACUGUCUGAAUAUCUAACACCAUUUUGGUUCGCUAUGCUUCUAAAUGAAUAUGAAAUAGAGUUUAUGUUCAGAAAAAUUCGAAACAUUCGAAAUUUGGGCAAUGUUCACAUUACAGGUCCUCACAUUGUUAUGAGCAGAACCGAUGUGCAGAACGGACUUGACUUCCCCUUUAAGUAUGUCAAAAUUUGAACAGUUAUUAACAUUUUCUAUGGCGCAAAUUUACAUGUGUUACAUCAAGUAUUACGCUUAUCCAAUUUCUUACUUAGCCUGUAGACUAUUUUAUCUUUACAACAAUUGUGGUAUUACUUUCUUAACUGUGUUUAUCCUAACCCACCUUGUCAACUUUCCCUGUGGGAGGAAAAAACCCAUGACUUUUGGCAGCCACGUUUGUUGACUGACUCUUUUCAUAUGAGAGAAUGGAACUCAUGAACUCGGAGGUGAAAUUCGGCAAUGGCUCUGACAACUGCGCCACCAAAGUUGCAAAUUACUAGCGAGUCACCGCCUUCAAGGCUUGAAUGUACAUGAAAUUGUCAUUUCAAGGUUUCAACAAACACCAUUUAUCUAUAUCCAAGGAAAAGGAAACGUGACAAUCAAAUACUUCAUUCAAUUUCUCUGACUCAGGUAUGAAAUUUAGUAUUAAAGAUCUAAUUAGUUGGAUACUGCAAGGUCAAUAUCCCAAGUUUAUAAAAAAUUCCUAGAACUAUCAAUAAAAAAUUGUUGCCCCCCCCUGGAGAAUUAAAGCCCCUCCCCCGUGGAAAGUUGAAGCCCCUCCCCCUCUCAUGAAAUUUAAACACAUGCCCACAUCUUUACUGCCCUCCAGAACAUUUUAUGGAAACCUCCCCACAGGAAAAUUGAACCUCUUCCAAGGAAGUCAAUACAAAGCCCCCCCCCCCUGCAGAAGUCAAUACAAAGCCCCCUCUCCAUUUUUAAUUGUACCCCACCCAUGCACCACACAGGAAAUGCAGCACAUGUGCACACACUAUAGUGCCCAUUUCCUGGAAAUCUGCAUACCGCAAAAAUAAUAUACAGACACUCGGAAACUAAUUAAUGCUACCAGUAGAGAUAAUAAUUUCUAUUUCUAUACCCACCAACCAGAUUGAUGAAAUCAGUGAAAUUGGAACAAAGUUCUCAAAAAGAUGUUUUAAAAUCGUUUUAAAGAUGGGAGCCAUUGAACAGUUCAAAUGCCCUGCAAAGAUGGUGAGAUUAAUACACAUUCUGUUACAGUAAAUCUAUCUUUCAUAUCAAACCUUUAGUAACUAAUGUAGGGUCUUUGUGUCAAUUGUCUCAUUUGCAGGAUAAUGUGAAAGUUCAGCAAUUGAUUAACAACCUAAGGCAUGCACAGAAGUUUUGGACGGACAAAGAAAUUCUGCAGCAGAGAAAACCUGGACGUCAAAGAAGGGUAUGUGUUAAGAAAUGCAAGUUAGAAUUUCAGAAAUUCAAUGAAAAGUGUUUUAAGUGCAACAACUGAUUGUAUUGUGCAUACGUGUUUUGUAUGAGAGCAAUGACAAUUGAUCUUACAUUAUGAUUGAUGUUGGUUGUUAAUUUUUAAGCAUUUUAUUUAGGUUACUUUGGAAGGCCCUGAUGAACCAUCAGAAAGGUAUUUAUGUGUUGAAAUAUAACGAAGAUAAAGUGUUUUGAGAGCAACUGAGCGGGGCAUCUUGUCAUGCUAUAUUAAUGAGCUAACGGGCCGAUUUCCACUACACAACUUUUGCCCAAAACAACUGUCACAUGCAACCUGCUUACAACUUGAGUUGUAUUGUGUAAAUCAAGCACACAACUCACUUACGUUGUCGCAGGUGAGUUGUGUGUUUUAUUUACACAAUACAACUCAACUUGUAGGCAAGUUGCAUGCGACAGUUUAUAAUUACAUUUCAACGUGUUUUUUAGUGUGGAUAUGAUGAAACAUCGCGUAUUUUUCACACUGUGGAAUGGCGAGAUGAUAGGUCUACUUGUGGACGCCACAUCAACAUUCACCAGUGUCUAUUUGCGUUUGUUUUCCUUCGCUUGUAAACCCAGUUCAUGCUCUCUUUGUAAAAUACGUCAUCAGUCAUGUGACCUCUGGGCGGUAGACACCACUGGCACAGGUACCAAUGUCUUCUUGUUUCAGCACACAUACACCGCGUGAUUCUGAAAUGCAAGUGCUUUACAGUAUGACAAACAUUGUACUUUAUCAUCCUAAAAUAGCGAGACGUGUAAGAAAAGAUGAAUUUCUGAUAGACCUGGGCAAAGCAGGACACAGUUUGUUUGUCAUGGAACAUCAUCAAAAGGUUUUUCUUUUGUAAACUUAUAAUUUGAAUAUUAUAAAGUGACGUUGACAAUGUUGAAUACUGAAAAUUUAUUUCUCCAGCUACUGGUGGUUUACUUCAGUGAUGUUUCAUAUGAAACUAUGCCUGUUCCUGCUGGAAUAACAGCCAAACAGGUGAGACUUCUAGCGAGAACAGUUUAGAACUGAUAGAGCUAUCCAGUAUAAAUAAAGUUAGUUUAGUUUAGGUUUCCUCGUGUGGUAACACUGGAUCAAUAAGAGAUGAUUCUUACUGGACCUCUAGGAAGAACAGUUUAGAACUGAUAGAGCUAUCCAGUAUAAAUAAAGUUAAUUUAGUUUAGGUUUCCUCUUGUAGUAACACUGGAUCAAUAAGAGAUGAUUCUAACUGGACCUCUACCGUAGGCAGAACAGUUUAGAACUGAUAGAGCUGUCCGGUAUAAAUAAAGUUAGUUUAGUUUAGGUUUCCUGUUGUAGUAACACUGGAUCAAUAAGUGACGACCCUUAGUGAAACUGAUAGAGAUCCAGUUCGUCUUUUAAUAUUGACAAGAUCGUCUUCUAUUUCAGAUAUUGAAGCUUGACCAGAUCGCGUCAAAGCUAAACGAACUGAGUUGUUUCGAUCCAGGAUUAUUUUUACGUUAUGAGAAUGGAAAAGGUCAGAAGUUGUGUUUGCUGUCUUGGCGUUUGUUUUUGCGUUUGUUUUUACGAAAAGACGUAUAUUUACAACCAGCGCUUGUAGUGUCAUGGUCACCACGCUUGCCUUUCAAGCUGGGAGACUCCGGUUCAGUCCUUGCUCGGACCUCUACUCAAGGUCUUAAGAUAACUGAGGAGAAAGAGCUACCUUUAUAUUGACAUCCGUAAAUGGUUACACUUUCGCGAUAAAAUCGUUUUUACCUCGGAUCCCCAAUCAAUUGGACAAUAGCCUGUUGGGAAAUCUGCUCACCAAUCAGUGAGAAAGUCAAUAAACUUAAGUUUUCUUUCUUUGUGUAGAAGUACAGUUUUGCAUGAAUGAUAAUCCGUUCAAAUAUCAAGAGUAUGGUAAGUUGUCAAAUAGUGUGUUGAAGGAAUUUUAGAAGAUGGGAAAACUAUGUACUAGAGAGCUAACCAGGAGCGAUGGCGAAAAACGCAACUAGAAUGGACCUAUUCCCUAAUGAACAAAAUUUUGAGCAAGACAAGUCUAGACAAACAUUUCACCACAUCUUGAAAGAGCAUCGCAAAAUUAGUAAUAUUCUGAAGUUUCGUUGCGAAAUGUUGUAAAAUGCGGAUCAUAUAGCCCUGCGAAGUUUGCCGUUUUUCAGUCAUUUUGUAUUACGCACGGGAAAUUGGUACCGCUUUCUGAAGAAAGGUAUCAAUUUCCCGCACGUAAUACAAAAUGACUGAAAAACGGCAAACUUCACAAGGCUAUAUGAUCCGCAUUUUACAACAUUUCGCAACGAAACUUCAGAAUAUUACUAAUUUUGCGAUGCUCUUUCAAGAUGUGGUGAAAUGUUUGUCUAGACUUGUCUUGCUCAAAAUUUUGUUCAUUAGGGAAUAGGUCCAUUCCAAAAUUAGUCCUACCAAUUUUUGGGUGGUGUCCGUGUUGACCAAAACGUCGCUUGUUUAAGCUCGCUAUUCUCUUUAUUCGUUCAGGCAAGAUCGUUGCAAGAAGCAAGAGAAUCCGGUUAAACAGUUUGAAAAAAUCCGAUCAUGAAAUAAUAGCGGAGAUGCGUUGGAAAGAGGUUAGUUUGUUUCUUGACGAAGCCUCGGUUAAACGAGACAUGUCAUUAUAGUCACACUUUUGUUGAUGCCAUUCAUUUUCUAGUAUGAGGAAUUAAUUUCUUCGAUUUAUUUUUCAAUUUUAAAAGUUUUACACCUUGCAGUUUGAGGAACAUCACAGAAGGAAGAAAGCGAGUGACAUUGCUAAUGAGCUUCUUGCUGGUCAAAUUAGAAAAUCAUCUCGCAUGGAUGAAGAAUUGUGUUUCGUUGAUGAUCAUUUUGCGCUGAAUAAUGAUGAAUCUCGUUCAUCUACCACCGCUGACCCACGUGGAAUACAGGCUCCCUACGAUGUAGUAGUACAGGGAGGUGAGGGAUAUGGAUUACCAAAGUCACGUGAAUAUAUUACUGAAGUUGGUGGUAAUAAUAGUGGUGAUAAUGGUGGCGGUAAGGAUGAUAGUGGUGGUGGUGGUACUGAUGGUGGUGGUGAUGAUUUGAAGACUUGUGCUGACAUAGAUACCCUAUCUGUUUCCACAUGUUCAGAGCCGAAUAUUUCGCACCAAUUGCCGCCUGGUUAUGACGUGGUUGGUGUAACCAGCGAUGAACAUGCUGCUACAAAGUCACCAGACGAUGGUUGUCCUAAAAAUAGCACUGAUGUCAUAACCACAGCUGAUGAGGUUAUGACUGAAAACUUACAAGAUAGAAAUGAUAAUGAUGGUGAUGCAAUGAUGAGAGACUCUUUGGAUAGUAACUAUUCUAAAAAUAACAAUGACUUAACAAAUACGUCGAAUUGUAUCGGUAUUGAAAAUAACCAAGAUGUCGGUAAACAGUCUUUGUCUGAUGGUGCUGGUACUAAAAAUAACAAUAAUGUCAGUUUCUCGUUUGAUCAUAAACAUGAUGUCACUGAGACAACAGAACAUGAUGACGUCAUCGACAUGGUUUCCCCACGUGACGAUUGUGUUUUGGACGCAAACCUAGUUACGUCAGAUAAUAGCUGUACUAUAAAUAACGAUGAUGUCACCAAUACAUCAGAUGGUGCUGAGAAUAAAGAUGACAUCAUGGGUGAAAAAUCAUCAAAUGAUCAACUGGUUAAAAGUAGAAAUGACGACACAAAUAUUCUAUUCGUAGACCAGGAAAAUUCCUCUUCAACUACCCAGUCAAACGCUGACCAGACUGGUGUUUCACGUCCAUCAGAUAGUAAACCACUCAACUCUGACGGUAAUCCUAACUCUAGCCCUAACCUUGACUCUAACCUUAGCCCUAACACUAUUCCUGCCACCAACCCUGACCCAAAGACGAAUCUUGACCCAACUAAAGCUUCUAACCAGAGCCAAAAAAAUUUAAUGCAUUCUCAAUCUGAUGGGUUGGUAUUCCGAAAACAACGACAAGAUGAAGAGAACUCUAGCCACACAACAUCGCACCGGUCGCGUUUCAGGUCCUUGUCGGAACUGAACGGACGCUACUCGUUCACGAGCAACGAAACAUGUGACAGUGCAGCCAUAUCACGUGACGCUCAGAUCACGACACGUGGCGCACGGGCCAUGUCGGAACCAGACUUGCUCGAAAAAGACGACGUUCUACGAGUCGGUGAUGUUUUUCCCCGCAAGGAGAGCUCGGAUUAUUCUGAGGAUGAAGUCAUUUGUAGACCAACUGAGAUCUCUUCAUUGACUGGACCGACUUGGACCUUCGCAAAGAGAGUCGAAGAAUGCGUUCGAAAAAUACUGAAUGUAAAAGAUGACAUUCCUCAAGUGGAGAAAUUGAUUUCUGAAGAUUUGUGCAAAGUUCUCUAUGAAUUGCUUGACGACGGUUUGAAGAAAAACCUUUUGAGAAUUUCAUUUUUCUCCAUUGGGUCAAACGUUUGGGAUAUUUGUCAAACAGUUUGUAAGGUAAAGAACAUGUAAAUCAAUAUCUAUGCAGUACACCUAUUUUGAAUUAAUAAUCAGGAGAUGCGGUUAACGUGCUCCCACUUAAUUAAAUAGGUACAGGCUAUAUAGAGUGGGGCCCUUACCCUCGUCCUGAUCUUCGUAUCUCUUGGUACUUCACCACAGGGAAGCCCGGUCCGGACAUGAGAUUCAAUUACCAUAACGGUGCUUUUCUGGGGGCCCUUACCUCCAAGAAACCGCACUUUUUGUCACCCAAUUUGGCCACAAAGGAUUUGCAUGACUUAUAAAAGAUUUACUUAGGUUAGGUAACUUCCCUGCAAGUGAAAACUCAAGGAAGUCACGUUUGGUUGCUUGUCUUCUUUGCUUCGAGAGAUCAAGGUCCUCCUCUAGUUCAAAAACUAUCCUUCACCCUAGUUCAGGUGAAUUGGUCAACCGCAUCCUGUGUAAUCGAUAUUGAAGAAAUUAUUACCAUACUAAUGAGAUUUCUAUUAAAAUAAAGUUCCUUUAUUGAUAGGCUACGGAAGUUGGCAUCGAUGUAAUACAACGAAUCAAAGAUGGCAGUAUUGAUCAAAAGUUUCACAUAUUUAUUCGCGAGUGUAUUCGACACAAGAUCCUCAGUCGAUGGUUUGAAGAGCUGUCCAGUGAAAACGUUCAGAAACAGAUUAUGAAACAUUACGAACAAACUGCAGUCGUGUUGGAACCUGAACAUUCCAAAGCCAUUGAGCACCUGAUGCUAUAUUUGGAUGGACUGGACGUUUUGAAGUUACAGGAAUUGAAAGCUCGUGAAUCUGGUCGGAAUAUAGAUUUCUUGAUUAGUUUUGAGUAG